UUUAGGAAAUAUGGAAGUGGCGGCAAUAGUUGGAGUCGAAGCGCUCGUGUGAGGUUCUCCAAGCCCUCUCAGAGAGGAAAAGGGAGGAUGCCACUGGAAUCACCUUGCUCUUCAGCGCCACUGUCCUUCCCUUCUCUGCUACCCUCAGUACCGGACGCUAUUACCAGUUCUUCCCCUCCUCCAAUGUCUUACAUCACUUCCCAGGAGAUGAAAUGUAUUCUUCAUUGGUUUGCCAGUUGGUCAGGUCCUCAGCGUGAACGUUUUCUACAAGACUUGGUAGCUAAGGCAGUGCCAGGAAAAUUACAGCCACUGCUGGAUAGUCUGGAGCAGCUUAGUGUGUCUGGAACAAACCGACCACCUUGUAUCUUUGAGUGCCAGCUACGUCUUUGGGAUCAGUGGUUUCGAGGAUGGGCUGAGCAGGAGCGUAAUGAAUUUGUUAGACAGCUGGAGGUCAGUGACCCAGACUUCGUGGCAAAAUUUUACCAGGCAGUGGCUGCUACAGCUGGUAAAGACUGAUAGGUGGCUGGGAUUUAGGUCAGCGACACAGUGCCUUCCUGGCAAGCUUGAAGUCAUGAGUUCGAUUCCCAGCACCAAAAAGCAACAACAACAAAAAGACUGAUUGGUAUUCAGGUUAAAGACUAAAACCACAGCUGAUGGAGCCAAGGCCAUGACUCUGUAGUGAGAACUCCAUUCAUAUGUGUCAGAUAUUUGGGUGUGAUAUCCCAGUGAGUUGACUGAACUUGCUGAUGAACACAGACAUACUUAUUUCAACUUUAUCAGUAUGUCAGAUGGACUCAGUAUAAAUGUGUCCCUCCCAGGCUGGCCUCGAACUUGCAACAAUCCUCCUGCCUCAGCUCCCCAAGUGCUGGGAUUACAGGCGUGCACCAUUACACCCGGCCUUUAAAUGUGUCCAUCGAAGUAAAUCCAGUUCAUACCAGUCUCCUAGUUUGGUUUCCAAGAGCUGUCAAAACCUCAAAAAUUUAAUGACUCCUUUGGAACUAUAACUAAAAAGAAACUACAUGUAAUAAGUCAAGCCUACUGCUGGCCUAUGAGGGGUAAAAUAGAACUGUCCUCCAGAAACAGGAAAAAAUAAUAAAAGGCAUUUUUAUUGUUUA